AUGGCAAGAAAGCAUCUUCCAGAACCCGAGGAUGCAAACUCUCGUUUUGGCAUUCGCCCUGAGUAUAGGUUGACCGGUAUUGCAUUCAUGACUUCAAUAUUUGGUGUUUUUGAUGGAUUUUACCGAGGGUUUACAUCCCAAUCGUUAGUUUACCUAGCAGAAAACUCACAUAGACUCCCUAAGACAGUGGGUGGUUGGUAUUUCUAUCACAAAAGGAAGAAUUAUGUCUGUAUCAAGAAUGGAAUUGUUAAUGGGACGAAACUCUCUGCAAAAUUGACACUUGCAGUUACCGGUUAUUUCACUCUCGAGGCAAUGUUGGAUGAAGCCCGUGAUAAGGUUGACUUUAUUAAUACUCUUGCAACCUCAGGAAUAGCAGCCUUAGGAUAUGCUAAGUUAAAAAACUUUGGUAGCUACCAAACUAAACAAAUUAUUAAGAAGGGUAUGAUUGUUGGAAUGAUUAGUGGUUUGGCUCAAGAUUUAUAUAUUUGGACCAGAGGUGGAAAGGUUUGGUAUUUGGAUCAGUUGGGAACUGCUAAGCUAAAUAGAGAUGUGAAAUUGACAUAA